CACCCAGCCCUGUAGAUUAAAUUCAGAGAAGUAGCUUCGUUUUGGUAAAGCCACACAUCAACCACAGGUUAAUCAAGCAAAUCUUAUCUUUUAAAGCUGCAUGCUCACUCUUUUUUUUUCUUUCUUUUUGUUAUCACGGGAAAAAAAACGUCAAGGGCGUGGGCAAUGCAACUAUAAAUCUUCUCAGUGUUCUCAACCAAGACUGCAGAACAAGUUGCCUACUGAAAAUUGAGUGAUCAAUUCACAGCAUCUUGACAAACCUUCUCUCAGAGGUCGACAGCCAGACGAGCUUGUGUCAGGAAGAUGAUGAUGCUUCUGCUUGUAUCCACUCUGGUACUGCUGGUCAAUCCGGCUCUGACCAAUCCUCUUCAUCAACAGAAAUCCCCAAAUAACCUGAACCAUAUAUUUGACCUGGCUGAGAAUUACAAUAAAUCUCUCGCUCAGGCUUUCUUUGUGGAGGAUGUGUCACAUCUGGCUGAAGGCAAAAACAAAUGCGAUGAUAAGUUCUUCUGCAAAGUGCAUGAUAUCCUGAACAAGUUCGGAAAAAAGCACAAUAUCAUUGACAAAAAGAAGGAGGAGGGGCUUGUGAGGAACCUGGAGGCAUACGUCGAUGGCAGAAAUAUUAACUGUACAGAGCUGCUGAAGGACAUGGUGCCUUCAAGAGAGGAAAGACCAAUACCCGUACUCAUAGGACACCUCAUGCGUUGUAUCCAGAACAGGAACUUAAAUGGGGCUUCCAAAGACAUGUGAGCCAACUGUCAUCAGCUCACUUCACUGUUCAUUUU